UCGCAGGCGCACCACGCGAUCCGCUUUAGCUGCUGUUCAAAGACAGUCGCACAUGCAUAUUGUAACACGCGCGGGAAAUACAGCUAAUCGCAUUUGUGGUGCCGGUGCUAAUUUCGUACGAACUUUUGUUUACUGUGGCAGUGUUGGAAUAUAAGAAUUGAAGUGAUUUAUUACAUAUAGUCUAUAGUAAACAUAGUAACAGAAUUAUAGUUGGAGUUUUUGUAGUAGCGUCAGUAACGUAAUCGGGGCAGAUAAUAUUAACGGUUGGCUCCGCGCUCGAGUGUGGCAGACCACAAGCAUGACGAGUGCCAGCGUCUGCGCCUGUACUCUCGUGCUUUUCUUACUAAUACGAACUACAUUCGGACAAGAUUACGAUGUUACGGACAUCCAGUGCACAUUUGCAAGUACAGGAUCUGGUCUUCGGGACUCGGUGUCAGCGUUGCUUCGAAAACCAGAAGGAUUCCGGGGAGCACCGUUAUUCGCUGAUGACCGCGCCACCGAUCCGGUAGUCGACUCCGUCUGUCAGAUCAGACCCGAAUCUGAAGAUCCCACGGGAUUACUAUAUAGGCUUAAGAUUACUGACUUCACGAGAUGCGGAGUACUAAAACGUAAUGGAUUCGUCCAUGUCCGCGUGUGGUUCCCACAGUUUCCGGGCGUGGUGAUGCAGUCUGACCAAGAAUUGAUCAUCAUGUGCAAGCCCCCUGAACCCACCAUUAUAGAAAACAAGGCCGCGGGUUUCGCCGGCAGUUUUCCACACGGAGCUCGCGUGUCUGGAGUUGUUGAAGAGACACCAGGCCGACUUGAGUACGAAGUGGCUCUGUACAAGGAAGCGCCGCCCGUGUCCCGCCACACCAACCACUCCGUCGACUUACCUGUCGAUCAGGCGGUACCGAUCGGCACAAAGCUGCAGUUGCGCGCGCGCAUUAGCGCUGAAUCUGCAUGGCGUCAUUUGAAGUUGCUAGAAGUGGCUGUAUCUCCGGACCCCGACCGUCCACACGCACCGGGUGCCGUACUGCUCGUGAAAGACGGGUGCCGUAACCGUGACUUCGCAUCAAUUAUCCCACACCAACCAGCCAGAUACAGAGAACGACAUAAUGAGGUCUUUUUAGACUUUGAAGCAUUUCUACUGGCCUCUAUGAAGGAACGUUCUACUCUUUGGAUACACUCACAAAUCAAAGCUUGCAUGGAUGCAGCCGAUUGUCAACCUGAUUACUGCAUUGACUUAUUUGAACCCUCAGGCCAUGGGCGGCGACGAAGGUCUUUGCCUGAAGUAAUUGAAAACCGCAACGUUACAAACUCGGCUCUUAGCACCAACAAUGGCACAACGCCGUAUACAAGGUUCAAGGAGAACCUAGAAUAUACAGUUGUAAUGCCAGGAGAGUUGUUCCACAGAACGCCAUUAGAGGCGACGUGUGCCACCUCAAUGAUGGUUGCAGUAGUUCUGGGAGCAUUACUCUUUAUGUCAGCUUUAUUGAUGUGCUACUUAGCAACCAAGUUGAAUGCAACAAUACUCAAAAACAACAACAUCCAAGCACCAACCGGGAAAGGAUUCGAACAGAUUCUGCGCGAGUUAGCGCACCAUUCGCUGCCUGACACAGGCUACGCUGGCCGACCAACCGUACAAUGAUCUAGAUUUCUUAAUCUACAUUAUAAGAGAUUUUCUUAAUUCAAACUCAUUAUUGCUUCAAUUAGCAAAAAGCAUUUGUUUGCGGCACAAAGUAUUAUUUAAGCAGUAUCACAGAAUGCCUAAUAAGUACUUAGUCUAUUUACACAGAAAGCUCACGUACUUCAUAAGUUAAUUAAAAAAACAGCUAAACUGUUACGAAUGCAACAUGAUUAAUCUAGUUCGAGCACUACUGCCGGUCGCGUCGUUAUUGGUAAAUAAUUAUUGGUGUAUCCUUUAAAAAGUAUAUUCCAAGCAAAAAUAUAUUGGUGAGGUUAAAGCAGGAAGAUAUUCUAAAACUAAUUUCGAGAAUGAUAUUCAACUCACGCAAAUACAGGAAUAUUUGCGUAGGUACAAAUUCAAUUGCAACUACCAAGUUUAAUAUUUCAAUUAGAUAUGAUGUUAAACAAACAAUAACAUUUUGAAACAAUACAUUCAUACAUCUGAAAAUAAGUAUCAUCGUAACUAAUAGACGAGUAGUGGCCGAUAGUGUAACAAUAUUUUCAAUUUAAUUUACGUAUUUAACAUCAAGAUUACCAAUAAUAUAAAAUAAUGACUAGGAUCUAGAUCUUGGAACAAAGACUAACACGUGUUUAAAUUGUCUUGCUUUUGAGUGCAAUAUAGCCAGACUUCGGUAGUUAUUUAGUCUGUGACACAAUAUACCCAUUUAUAUGUAUUAUAUACUUAUUGUCAGAUUGAAGUAGAUUUGUAAGAAACAUUAUGCUAAAAAAAACGCGCAAUAAACAGAGGCAUGGGGCAUAUGUGUUCAAUAAAGCCAGUACAAUAACUUUUUGCAUAUAAUGAUAGAAUAGUAAAUUCACUCGCGCUAACGGUGUACUCUGACGAUGCAUUAGCGGGACAAAACAGGAUGAGAAUAAAGUCAAUAAGUCAUAGUGGCAAAUUCAUUAUGCUCUAACCACGAUCGUUUUUAGUGAAGACCAGGAGAAGGUGCUAACUUUAGCACCUUGAACAAAGAAUUAGAUAGUAGUAUAUGAAAACAGACAAGGUGAAAAUAUCUAAGAAGUUAUUCGCACUUCAUUUGUAAUAAAUGCAUUUAUUUAUAACAUAAGAAAUCAAUCAUUUUAAGUGUCUACAUUACGUAAGUAGAUAGCUAGUUCAAUGGUUUAAGUCAGGGGUGUGCAACCUUUGCAUCGACGGGCCAAUUUAAAUUUUAAAAUAUAUUGGCGAGCCACACAUAAAGUAACUUAUUAUAGUUUACAAAAUUUCAUUUAUAAUAAACAUUACAAUAUAAUGGUAGUAAAGAUUUCACAUACAAAUUUUAAUGCAAAUUAAAAACACGCGCAGACGCGGCUCACGUACGUAUUGCAUGUGUGAACAAGUCGCCGACAAGUGAGUAAAUCGUCAGAAAAAAAUGUUUCGGUUUAGUAUGUACUAUCAUUUUAUUAUAAUGAAUUUUAUAACAAUAUAUUGAUGGGAGAAAGACGAAAAAGUAAAUUUAACUUUAGAAAUACUUGGCGGGCCGAAUAAACAUGUUUACGGGCUGCAUGCUACCCGCGGGCCACGCGUUGCUCAUCCCUGGUUUAAGUAAUAGAUAUGGACCUAUGGAAAUUAAUAAAUCUUUCAAACUUUAAUAUAUUCAACUGAAUAAAUAAUUACCUAGUUAAAAUAUAAAUUAUGAGACAAGAAAGUGAGCGCAAUCCUUAAAGACAACACUUCAGCUCACACCAGGUUCAUUCAAACACGCGGAAUGUAGGUACUAACUAAUUCUUAUUUAUUUUGUGUAUAAGUGGGUACCGUAACUUGAAUGUAAGCAGUAACGGGUUUUCCUGUGAUUCAUCCUUAAUACGAAUUUUUAUUGUACGAUUUUUUCGCUAGAAAUAUACAUAAUAUUAUAAUUCUUUAUAUAUUGUUACAUACUUAAUAUGGACAUUACUUAUGUACGUAAACUAGGAAAAAGUAAAAUAUUAGGUAUAAAAUUAUGGUACCUACAUCAAUACCAGAUAUAUAUAGUUCAAUCAGCUUCUGACAUGUAGUACAAUCUGAUAUUAUUUUAAUCCUUAAUUUAUUGGUUCACAAACUAGUACCCAUCUGGGUGUAGUAGUAGUAGUGGUUUAUAUACGAUAUAAAUAUGGGAAUGAACAUCGAGUUUAUAUUCUUUCCUUUGUCACAAUUUACGUUUUAUUAGCUAUCUACCUAGGUACAUCUUGCUCGUUAGAGAUGUAGAUUUAAUUAUUAAAUAGGUACAUAGAUAGUUCUAAUUAGUUAAUAAAUUAUGCUUAAAUCUUGAACUUAUGACUGAAAAAUAACAAGUAGGUAUAUUUUACGUAAGUAUUACUUUAAUUUUUUUCAGUCAUGACCAUCAAUCACUACUUAGCCAUAGUUCAUUUAAAUUAAGUAAGUUCUAAUAGCAGUAGAAUUAAGUAAGACAUAGAUAAUUGUUCAAAUGCUAAGGUAGACAAAUUAGAUAAGUGCAUUUUAUAUACAACGGUAAAUUAAACGGUAUGAAAAAGUGCUUGCAGGUUAUUUGGUAGGUACUAAAAAAGUAAUGUCUAGGUAGAGGUAUA